AUGUGGACGCCACUGCGGCCGGGGUCAACCCGGCUGGGGACCUUGCGCUGCGCCCGGGAGCCGCCGGCACCCGAGCCGAGGGGCGGGGCGGCGCGUGCGCACAAGGUCGCCGCGGGAAACUGGAAAUCGGCGGGCCGGGCCAUGGGGCUGGGGGACGGCCCGGACUCGGGCUCGGCGACCGGCCUGGCGCUGCGGCUGAGGGGGGCGCUGCGGGAGCAGGAGCCGCGGGCCGUGGAGGAGCUGCUGAGCCGCGGCGCCGACCCCAACCUGGUGCUAGUGGACGGCGCGGCGGCCGUGCACUUGGCGGCCGGAGCCCGGAGCCCUCGCGCCCUGCUCUGCCUCGGGGCGCUGCUGCGCGGAGGCGGGGACCCCAACGCUCGAUCUGACGAGGCGCUGACGCCGCUGCACGUGGCCGCCGCCUGGGGGUGUCGCCGCGGUCUGGAGCUGCUGCUGAGCCAAGGAGCGGACCCCGAGCUGCGCGACCAGGACGGACUUCGGCCGCUGGACCUGGCCAUGCAGCAGGGACACGGGGACUGUGCGUCCGUCCUGCGGAAGCUCGACACACGGACGAAGACCCAGAACCGGACCUGGACCCAGACUGGGGCAGAGACCCAGAAGCCCGGGACUGAGGCUGCCCGCCCAGGCCUCUCUGGAACUCGCGAUGUGACGCUGGAAUCCACAGCACUCCAAACCUGGCUGGGUAGAGGUGAUAGCAGGGACAUGUGCCUGGAGGCUGGCCUGGGACCCCCCGGCCUCCAUGCCUCCCUUGAGGCUGUGAACAAGGAUGGAAGCCCAGCGUCCCCCCUAGAGUGCCAGGACUGCUGCUCAGAUGCCUCCUUUGUCACCGCAGUUGAGGUCUCUGGGGCUGAGGACCCAGCCCCAGACACUUCCCCCUGUGCUGGGUCAUGGCCCCAGACCAGGCAGGGACUUCUGCCUGGUGGACCUAGGUCUCUGGGUGCCGCACAGCUGGCACAUGAAACUAUCACGGUGGGCAGCGAGGCAGAAAUAAAUGCCUGUCUGCAGGCCCUGACUCUGACCUCGUCAGAUGCUGCCAGCUUCCAGUCCUCUGCUUCCUCACCAUCCCUCCUGGAUGGGAGUCCAGCCCAUAGCCACCCACGGAAAUCACCGCCUGGACCCUCUGACUUCUGCUUCCUGGCAGAUGACCAGACCUCCUUCGAUAGUGACAUAGCCGCUCUCCGUCAGGAGGAUGAGGCGAGCUACACAGGAGGCAGGGACUCUGUCCCCUCUUGCUGUCACCUGCAAGCCCCCGCUGUGUCUGACCUGGAGCUGCUGCAGAAACUACGAGUGCUUGGCCAGAGCCCUGCCCCCAUCACGCCCUUCACCCGGCGGUACUACCUCCAACGGCUGGAAGAAACCCAGGCUGCUCCUGGCCCAGACUUUUCAGGGCACAGCACAGAACUGGCCAAGGCCCUGCAGACAGGCCACAUCCCAGACACCCAGGCAGACGAGGAUGCACUCGCCCAGCAGUUUGAGCAGCCGGAUCCCGCCAGGAGGUGGCGGGAGGGGAUGGCAAAGUCCAGCUUCACGUAUCUGCUGCUGGACCCCAGGGAGACUCAGGACCUGCCAGCCCGAGCCUUCUCACUGACCCUGGCUGAGUGCCUUCAGACUUUCGUACGUGCUGUCUUCUACGUGGGAAAGGGGACACGGGCCCGGCCAUAUGUCCACCUCUGGGAGGCCCUUGGCUAUCGUGGGCAGCCAGCAAAACAGCCCCACCAGACCUGCCCCAAGGUACAACGGAUCUUGGACAUCUGGGCCAGUGGUCGCGGUGUCAUCUCCCUGCAUUGCUUCCAGCAUGUGGUCGCUGUGGAGGCUUAUACACGAGAGGCGUGUCUUGUGGAUGCCCUAGGGAUCCAGACACUGACCAACCAGAAGCAAGGGCACUGCUAUGGAGUGGUGGCAGGCUGGUCACCUGCUCGGCGGCAGCGCUUGGGGGUGCACCUGCUGCACCGUGCCCUCCGUGUCUUCCUGGCCGAGGGCGAGCGAGAGCUGCGGCCCCAGGACAUCCAGGCUCGUGGCUGA